AUGUGGCGAAGAAUCAUCUUAUCUUUUUUGAUCGUCGAAAAAUGUUUAUCAAUUUCGAGUCCGAUUCAACCAUUCGCAACUUAUACAUAUUCAACAGAACUGAAAAGUAAUGUUGCUGAUCUUUGGUGGAGUAUUGAUAAAGAUGAACGAGAAAUAACAUUUGAAUUUCAUGUUAACACAACUGGUUGGAUUGCUCUCGGAAUUAGUUCAGCGGGAGGGAUGAAAGAUGCAGAUAUAGGUGUNAAAUAUUGA